GUUGAGGUGUAUGCUUUGAUCUGGGAUGGAAAAAUCCUGAUUUGCUGUCUUUUUAAUUCAUCAGUUACAACUACAGAUUUCAGGAUAUAUCCCUGUAGGAGUCAACCUGGCCCUUUUCACUGGACUGACGCUUGAUAUUGGACUCUUAAUAGCUUGGACAUGUUUGGCCCAGGGCAACUGGUAUCUACUCUCCUGCCUGCAGUUUUCCAUUCACCUGCAGCUCACUUUUUCCCUGCAUUCCCAACCAGACUGGGCUCUCAACCUCAGAUUCUGAUCCCGGGGCCCUUUAUCAGCUAUGAAUCUUUGAGGAAUUAUCUGCAGCCAGAGCCAUGCAAGGAAGCUUUGCUUCUGGCCACACAGGCGGUCGGGAUGGGGCAACUCACAGAGGGCAUAGAUGAACAGAGGCCAGUGAAGCAGCGUCGUGCACGGGCCAACUACAGCAGCUGGCAGCUGGAGGAGCUGGAGAAGGCCUUUGAGACCACCCACUACCCAGACAUCUUCAUGAGGGAAGCCCUGGCCCUCAGACUGGACCUCAUCGAGGCCAGAGUACAGGUUUGGUUUCAGAACCGCCGUGCCAAGAUGAGGCGGCAGCUGAAACUCCAGGGCCAACUUGUGGGGCCUUACGUAAAAAGAGACAAUGAUGAAACGUCUGACAAAGCAAGCAGGAGUUUAAAACAGCAGACAGAGUGUUCUGACAAUGAGCACUGGGAGAGACAACAGGAAGGAGAGAACUAUCCAUGGACAAAAGCCGCGAGUGCUACGCUGAGCCUGCGUAUGCAGCCUGUGACCCAGAGGUCAGGGAAGUGGGAGAGGCCGGAGGGACCGAGCUCAGAGGAGCUCCGCUCCUGCAGCAUCGCCAAGCUGCGGGCAAAAGCCAGAGAGCACAAGGCCGAGAUCAACAGUACUGUAAACAUGUCAGGAGGCGACACACAGUCACCGACAGAGGAAGCUGAAGCCAUGCGCAAUGAUUGAUCAUUUUCCUUCUUCCUGUUUGUACAGAUAAUCAUAACCAAAAAAACAGCAGACACUCAAUAUGCAGCAGUAAUAUACUUAUUUUUAAUGUUUUGGGAUGAGGAGCUUCAUUAUUUACCUAUCAUUAAUAGAAUACUUCUAAUAAUGACUUCUAAUAAUACUUCUAAUAAUAAAA